UCGCCGGUAUUUUUCCUGCAUUCCUUGCGAGAAGCAGGGGCGUGCUCAGGCCGGUUGAGUACGUGCUCUAACUUUGUUAUCAAUGAGGAAGUGGCUGUGACAGGUCCAGGAGGGCCGGCGAAGGUGUGGCCUCACAGGAUCAGCAACACAGCAUGCAGGUAGACAGCAUAAAGCUUGAUCAGAGCACCGAUCUGGUCUGUUACAGUGGCUGUCUGCACUUGGACAAUGACGGCAACACUCCUGUUGUGGGUCCUCAUCCUAAAUGCCUCGCUCAAGCCCUCAGAAAGCCAUGGUCAUGAGUUUGAAGAGGUGAAGGACUAUGAGGUGGUUCGACCUGUCAGGCUUCACACAGUCAGAAAAAGACACACAGAGAAUUACAGGCCAGAUGCUAUCAAGUAUGCAAUGACGGUGGGAGGAAGAGACAUCGAAAUGCAACUAGAAAAAAAUAAAGAAUUACUCACCAAAGACUACAGUGAGACAUAUUACAGAGAAGACGGGACUCAAGUCACCACAACGCCAAACAACAUCGACCACUGCUACUAUCAUGGGAGGAUUGUGAAUGACAGUGGAUCAUCUGUGAGCAUCAGCACUUGUGAUGGACUCAGGGGUUACUUCAGAACAUCUGCCCAGAGGUACCUGAUUGAGCCCCUGUCUGGUGGCGAUGAGGGGGAUCAUGCCGUGACGACUUUUAAUGAGAAGAACUCCACACCUGCAGUGUGCGGCGUCACCAACACCAGCUGGAGUAUCGACUUUGAGCCACCAACAGGCCGCAGCCGCUCCAGAUCAGGGGGUAUAUCUAUCGUCCAACAACAGAAAUACAUCGAGCUCUUCCUCGUUGCUGAUAACCGUGUGUACGUGAAGAUGAAGCGAGAUCAGACGGAGCUGAGAAAGAGGAUAUUUGAAAUUGUCAACUUUGUCAACAUGGCAUACAAGCCCCUCAGGACCUUCAUUGCUUUGGUGGGGUUGGAGAUCUGGUCCAAUCGUGACCUGAUCUCUGUGACCCCUCCGGCCGGGGCCAACCUGGACGCUUUCAUGAAGUGGAGAAACUCCGAGCUGGUGAAAAGGAAAAAGCACGACAACGCACAUCUCAUCAGUGGAAUUGACUUUGAAGGAGCGACCGUGGGACUGGCUUUCAUUGGGACUCUUUGCUCGGGUCACUCUGUUGGAGUGGUACAGGAUCACAACGACCGGGCCAUUGCAGUGGGAGCCACACUGGCUCAUGAGAUGGGCCAUAACCUGGGCAUGAACCAUGAUGACUCCAGCGCCUGUGUUUGUUCUGGGGAUAGCUGCAUCAUGGCUGCAGCACUCAGCUGGAAUGUUCCUCGGACUUUCAGUAGCUGCAGCAGCAACAACUAUGAGAAAUACCUGACGAGCCGCAGCCCCAGCUGCCUGCUGGAUAAACCCGACUACAACAGUCUGGUGGCUCCUUCAGUCUGCGGGAACGGCUUUGUGGAGAAAGGAGAGCAGUGCGACUGCGGCUCUGUGGAGGAAUGCACCAACCCAUGCUGCAAUGCCACCACCUGCGCCCUGAGAGAGGGCUUACAGUGUGCUGAUGGCGAGUGCUGUGACAACUGCAAGAUCUCGGCUCGGUCCAAGGAGUGCCGCAGGAAGCAGGAUGAGUGUGAUGUGGCGGAGUACUGUGAUGGGACGAGCGCCACCUGUCCAGAGGAUGUCUUUGCUGUGAAUGGCCUCCCGUGCGACGGAGGCCUGGGAUACUGCUACAACGGCCAGUGUCCACAGAGGUCGAACCAGUGCAUCAAGAUGUACGGACCAACUGCUAUAGAGGCCCGUCCAUUCUGCUAUGACCAGAACACCAGAGGCACAUACUACGCUUUCUGCCGACGUCCCUCAAAGGACCAGUACAUCCCUUGCCAGCGAGAAGACCGGUUUUGUGGAAAGCUGUUCUGCCACAACGGUAAUGAAAACCCAAACUAUGGCCGCAUGGUCAGAGUUGGUAAUUGCAAGGCAGCUUUUUUCGACGACUACACUCAAGACUACGGCCAGGUGGACUCUGGGACUAAAUGCGGGGAUGGAAAGGUGUGCAGCCAGAAUGAGUGCGUGGAUCUUGAGACGGCUUACAGAAAUACAAACUGCUCAGCAAAAUGCCCAGGCCAUGCUGUGUGCAAUCACAGGAGUGAGUGUCAGUGUGAGCCUGGUUGGACGCCUCCUGACUGCAACUCCGAGGAUGGAGUCUUUCACUCCUCUUCCAUUUCUACUGGAGCAACUGUUGGCAUCGUGCUGGCAGUCAUACUGGUGGUUUUCGGUAUCAUUGCUGGUGUGGUUGGCAUCAUCUGGAAAACACGACAAAGUCCCAUGUUGCCAACUGCACACACCCAAAGGAAGCCGCCGGCAGUGCACCAAUCCGCUCACCAGCUAAACAUGAGUCCAGCCCCUAGUCAGCCCAUGGCAGUGCGACAGGUUGGAAGGCCAAAACCCAAAGGAGCUCCGCCUCCACCACCACCGGCAGGGAACAGACCUAAACCCCCAGGACAGAACUACAUUGCUGCACGUCAGGCUCUGAGGCCAGUGCUUCCACCAAAGGUCUGAUGUCGGACACAGUGCCACCAAUUAGGAAACCCGCAGAGCUUCACCUUCAUCCACUGUCCCCAACGAGAGGCUGGCGAUCCAGAGAAGCAGAGUCAAGAUUUUAUUACAUGCAUCCUGUCACGACUGUCACGACACCUCUGGAGUUCUUUUCCACUGCAGUGCUGUCAGAGGCACCACGGAGUGUUUGUACCAGUAUGUGCGGAGUGCAGGAGGGACAAUCUGUUACUUGCAUGCCAUGCACGGAGGACAUGUUAUUACAGGGACGAACAUUUUUUGCUUUUGAAGGCACUUUUUAUACUAUAGAGUUAGGACUGGUGCAACCAGAAGCUGCUCUGGCACAGAACAUGAACCAUAUCAUUUUAUACACGUUGUGUUAUUUUGCCAUAACAAUGGCACAGAAUAUUGCAAAAGACUGGAUUUAAUGUCGAACAGUAUUCAGGGACUGCAAUGCUUUAAUAUUUUGUUUUUUCACCCUCAGAAAUAUCCUGAACUGCUUUAACUUUGAUAUGAUGGUCUUAAAUUUCUGGCACUCUGGUGCAUUGUAGUGCAAUGUAAUAGAAAUUCUAACUUAAAGAUUUAAGAUUAAUACAAACGCUGAUUAUUAGGACUGCAUUUACCGUGCCACUCAAAAGUUCUAUAAUGCGCUACUUGUCAGCAAUUCCUUUCUUAAAACCAGUAAAAUUCUAUGUCUUAAAGACAGAGGACAAGUGUGUCAGAUUUUAGAACAUUUAGAAAGCAUGAGAGGCAGACAUUUAAGGCACUUUUAGUACAUUGAUGAGUGUCGGCGGAUCCUAAUUAGGACCUCCUAAUUACUGCAUUACUAAAAGCAGGAACACUGGAAAGGCCAGUCAGUUACAUUUAUAUGCAGCAUGGUACACAAAGACCGGGACAGGAUCCAGUGUCCAAACAUACAACAUCUGCUGCAGCUUCAAGAGCAAGGUAAUUUUGCAGCACACUGCUUGAUAUCUAACCAAAUAUUUGAUAGUUUGUACUGCAUUAUUAUUACUAAUCUGGUUGAUGUAAAUAGAACUUUGCAAUACACACUUCUCAUUUUGCUGCUUGUUUCAAGUGAGUUCACUAAGUGAACAGGUACAUACAUGUAAAAAACACCUUGUGGGCUCAAACCCAGGUUUCAUAUUCAGUACUGAGCGAGAAGAUGAUGGGUUUAAUAUAAUCUUUAAUCUAUGUAGAGCAGGUUGAGACCAUAGUCUUUAAUUUACAGAGUCCCAACAAUUCAACCAUGAGCAAGUACUUAGGACGGCGAUGAGGAAAAACUUUUAACAGGCAAAACCUCUAACAAAACCAAGCUCUUUGUCGGCGGCCAUCUGCCUUGGCCGGUUGGAUUUAAACAGAGACUAGUAACAGCUAUAACAAUAAUUGAAAUAUGAAUACUAAUAGUGUAUGAUACUAUAUGUAUACAUUCAUAUAGGAUAAUAGAUGUAUACAUUCAUACAUGAUAGAAUAUGUAUGUAAAACAAUAAUAUGUAUAUAAUAAUGAUAUAAAUAUGAUAAUAAUGGCAGCAGCCAAGUUAGUAAGAUAUGUUGAUGGGACAUGAAUGCAAACAGAUGGAAAGAGGAGGAGAGAGUGUAUCAUGGAAGUCCUCCAGCAGUCUAAACCUAUAGCAGGAUGACUAGGGGCUGGUCCAAGGCAAGCCUGAGCCAGCCCUGACUGUAAACUUUAGAAAAAAGGAAAGUUUUAGGCCUACUCUUCAACAUGGGGAGAUGACCAAGACUGGAAGACGGUUUCACAGGAGAGGCGCUUGAUAGCUGAAGGCUCUGGCUCCAACUCUGCUUUUGGAGACUUUAGGUGCCAUAAGCAAACCUGUAUUCUGGGAACCCAGUGUUCAGGUGGGGUGACAGCGUACUAUGACCUCUGUGAUGAUGUUGCCUGACAGUUUAUAGCUUUGUACAUAAAGGGAAGGAUUUUAAAUUCUAUUCUGGAUUUUUUUUUUUUUAUAAUGUGGGAGACAUAUCUAUGUGUGUCACUGAAAAAGUUCUGUAAACAGAAAUGCUUCAUGUAAAUUAAUAAUGGGAAUAGUUUUUUUUGUACAAAAACAAUGUGUGAAAAAAAAAUAAAGCAGCACUUUGUUUAUAUUUUGUCUUCUUGGGGACAGCAGAACAACCUGACAUCCAGUAUUAUGACUCUAUAAAGAAGCCAAUAAAUUCAGACUUUUAUUUGGAGUUCAAAGUCAUCUGAUGUGAAAUAACAAGAAGCAACAUCCAAAAUGAGUCAAAUAAAACACUGUAUUUGAAUUUUAUUCUUUUCUUUCAAGUGAUACAUCUACGUAAAAGAUUUCAUGGCCUCGCAUGACAAGUACGGUACUGUUUUAUCUUCACCCCUUUUUACAGCUAUUAUAAGAUUCUGGAUGAACAACAUCUU